CGUUUUCUCGCUGGUGGGACGAUGCAUCCUCCGCUUUCGUACAAGGCUCGCCUUCGUUCCUCCAAGGACGUCACAACCUGUUCCCGCGCAAAGCAGGGACAGGCUCGGCGUGUAGCUUCGGUCCUUCUUGCGUCACAGUGAGCAACCGUCGUGAAAAUUGUGGCCACAGAGUGUGCAAAACGAGCGAGCGAGUUGACUUCCGCGUUGGUUGUGGCUGCGUUGUGAUCUGUUGGCUGACUGCUACCUACCCUACCCAUUCGCCGUGCACGGUUGUGAAAGAGUGGCACCCGGCUGUGGAGGCUUAUUUUGGACGGAUCGAGACGGGGGAAAACGUUUUCGCAAGCAUUGCGCAAGUAUAUAGGCAGUCGUGUGUGUCAUCAUGGUGCGUGUAGUGUUCCUGGUGGCCCUGCUUUUGCCGUUGGUCACACUGUUUCCUCAAGCGGAUGCUAGUAGUGGGGCAGAUCUGUUGAGGUACAUGUCAUGCUUCCAGAAGCUGGGCGAAGUCCGCGGUGCAUGCGGCAAGAAGCAUCAGGACUAUAAAGACCAUUCGAGAUUUUUCUUCAAUGACCCCCACAACAAGAAAGAGAAGAAGAGCAUGUGCUGCAAAUACUCCAGUUACGUGAACUGUUACGUGAAGAAUGCCCGCCACUACUGCGGCGACGGAGCCUCCAAGGUGGUGUCCAAGUUCAUCGAGAAAAAUGCUCAGAAAGCCGUCCGGGACACGUGCAAGAAGUUUGACGGUUCCAAAUGUGCUGCCUGCUUCGGAAGCACAGCGUCCGCACUGGUGGUCAUCACAUUGGCCGCCAUUUCGAGUUUGUUCCACUGACGAAAAACUGUUGACAACCAAGUUGAGAAAGAAUAGACAGUUGACGAGCCAAGCCACGGAACCGAUUCCUCCAAGUGGACCAGAAGAGUGGACACAAAUGACGUCAUGAGAUUUCACUAUCACUCGAGGCCGCCAACAAAUGUGGAGCAACUAUUACUAUACAUAUAUGGAGCCAAUCGUCCAAUUUGUAUAUCCCGUCAACGGAUAAAGCGGGUAUGUAACUCAACGUUGGAAAGAUUCGGUAAUGUGGCCAUAUUCGUGAAUGCAACAUUAAAAACUUGGCGUAACUGGCAAAUGUCUGCCACGAAAACUGUGUAACAAUUUCCGAACGGUCCUUUAUAUGGGCUGAAGUAAAGACCAGUCUCUUGACAGGACACGAGCGGACUCGUUAAAAAUUACGUUUCUCGCAGCUACUGCCAUAAUUAGGUCUCACAUGGGGUAAAUGUGCACAUAAAUUCCCCGCUCGAUCGUUUUCGUGUGUAGACUGCUUUUGAAUGAGAAUAAACUGUUUCGAGUGGU